CUGACUGCAAUGAAGUAAUAGAGAAACUCAUAGCCUGCAGGGCAGAGAAUCCAUUCAAGAGAAUCUUCGGCGCUUGCAACACAGAGUACCAUACGAUGACCCGUUGUCUCAAAGCGGAGGCAAGUGAAUAGGAACAGUGUGUGAUUGAUUAUUCUACCGGAGGCCGAGCACAGAAAUGUCCAGUCCGAAUUCCAAGAAGAAGAGGCCGGUGCAGAUAAAUUUCAACGAUUUCAUGCACCAUCGAAAUAUCUACUUUCGGAACAAACCGGAGUUCUCGAAACUGGCCCUGGAAUAUCCCGAAUUUAGAGAAAUAUCCGUGGUCAAUCUCAACGGAGAAAUAACGCUAGACUUCACAAACCCCGAAGCUACGCGCGUACUGAGUCGCUGCCUUUUGAAAAGCGACUUCGAUCUCGACGUGGAAAUACCUCGAGGCUACUUGGCUCCAGCUGUACCCCAGCGAUUGAAUUAUCUACUGUGGUGCGAGGAUAUCGUGAACUUCGCCCUCGGCAAGUCCGAAUCCGUUGUCGCUGUCGAUUUCGGCACUGGAUCCAGCUGUAUACUGCCCUUCUUGGGAGUGAAACAAUGCUCGUGGCGGUUUUUGGGCGUGGAAGCUAAUCCUCUAGCGUUCGAAGUUGCAGCCCAGAAUGUGACCCGCAACGGGUUGGGCGAUUACAUAAAAGUUGUGAAAACAUCAGAAGGGGGAAUCGUUUUCCAAGAGUUUCUGCAAAGCACUGAUCAAAAUUUCGAUAUACUUCUCUGCAAUCCGCCAUUCUACAAGGAUUCAUGGGAGGCGAACGCCGCUCUCAAAGCCGAGGAUCAGGGCCGAGCCGACCCGAACGGCGAUUGUAUGGGCGAAGAACACGAGAAGGUUACGCCUGGUGGCGAGCUCGAGUUUGUCCGCAGAGUCGUCGAACAGAGUCUCAUACACAAGGACAGAAUCCGGGUCGCGUCCGCCAUGUUGGGAAAGAAGAAAGAUCUCAAAGAACUGUCCCGCUUCUUCAGAGAUGAGAAAAUACGAUUCACCACCACUGAAUUCUGUCAAGGGAAGACCAUGCGAUGGGGGAUUGCCUGGACGCACGAUGACGGCGUAGAUCUCGAGUCGGUCCCGCAAAUGAAACACGUCGUGCCGAAGCCACCGCUGGUAUACCAGGUCCCGAGCUUCGUCCCAGGCGUGAAGUACUCCACCGAAACGGUGUGCACGAGGGUCAAGGAACUGCUGCUCAAUGUACAGAUAAUGUUCAGCACUGUCACAGAGGGUAAAAACAAUUGUCACCUGCGAGUCCUAGCCCAGCACAACACUCUGACAGGACAACGCAGGAGACGACGAGAACGAGACCGAAAAAAGCCUGUCGAGACUGUGGUUCCGGCCGCACCACAGCAGCUCAUUGACGAAGCCGCCAAAUUUUCGGGCCUCGCGAUCGACCGCCGGGAAUCCAAGGAAGAAAUGGAAUGCGGAUCUAGUUCCCAAGCACAGGGGAGUAAGCGAUCGAGAUCGUCCUCUGAGGAAUCUGAUGUGGACUCCCCGAUGGAUUGCAGAUCCGCCGAACAAACGCCAUCCGACUCAGUGAAAACCGUGAGCAAUAAACGUGUUUUUCACCGGCCCGAACCGGUCGCGAGGUUCUUGGAUUGUGACCUCAGGGUCCGACGAUCCUCGUCAGGUCUGAUCAUCCAGCUCCAAAAUCGAGAUCCUUCGGCCAGUCGAGACUCACUUUGUCAACUGCAACAGUAUCUCAAGAACAAUCUGUGCUCCCAGCCCAAAGACCUCGCUCUAACGAUGAAAAUGCUUGUGUGAUUCCGCUUAUCGAAGCGAGAAGCGAAUCAUGAGAAAGCGAGAGUGUGGGCGGUGAGGAUGAGAGAUACGGCCGCCGAAGACUGAUCCCUCGAGUUGAGUUUGUAAUCACAAUGUUCUUGUACGGAAUGUAAUUUUGCGAAGUACCGACAUGCUGUGGAGUAAAUAAGUGAGGUUUUGAACAAUUCCAA